UCGACGAAGAACAUCAUGAAAAAUGUCAUGGGAACUUCCCUUCUAGCUGUUAUCCUAGUAUAUCAGGUGACUGAGAAAAGCGUUUGGGAUCUAUUACCAACGGUCGUAAACGCGUCCCUCUCGCUCUGACUUGUCUUCUUGGAAAUCGCGCAACAAAGAGGACUAGAACACAGCACGCGAGACAUAACACGUCGUCGCGACGAGAAUGCGACCGGAUUCGCGCAGCGUGUCGUUCACGUUUCACCGGGAAGUGCUGGCCAUGCGGAACUCGCCGGAGGUGGUACGGAGGUCGCGCAACCUACGCCAGCGUCUUCAGGAUCGAUUUGACAAGGACCGCGGAGCCGGCGACAAUGCGAAGGAGAAACCGUUGAAGACAAAGGAGUCCGUCGACCGGGUCUGGAACAACAUCAGUCUUGGCAAUGUAUCCGCGGACUCGAGACGCGCGUUGCGCAGCGGCGCCGAGAAGCUGUCCAAGACGAUAUCUUCGGUGCGCACUACUUUCGGCACGAUAUCUCAAAAAUUCAAAAGUUCUACACGCAGACGUCAGAGAUUAGAGGAGCAACAGUCCCCAAGCGCGUGCAAUAUGCAGACACCUCAGACUCGAUCUCGUCAACUGUUGGGCCGUACUCCGACAAAGUUGUACAGUCCCUUUGGCAUUGAGUCACCGAGGCAUGCGUGGGACAAAGAAAACGAAGUUAGCACACCCAUGCGCGCUUCCUCACCAGAAUGCGGCACACGUUACAUUCAGUGCAGACCGUUUCGCUUCACGAAAGCAAAAGGAUUCUCCAUGCUGAGAUAAGAGUAUAACGUCUGGAUAUUUAUUAUUAUAUCCUUUCAGAUUUUCUCACACAUCGAUCUCUCUUUACUUCCUAGCAAAACGCAGUAGGAUUGCGUGCCUUGUGCAACAACAUUUAUAUAUCGAAUAUAUAUAUUGUGUAAUUUAUUUAUGAUUUAUAUGAAGGACUUGCUCUGCGAGCGACGCAAGAUUAUCAUCAAAUUGAUAAUUGUUUUUUUUUCACUAGUAGCAUACAGGUAUGCUAGGUACUUUUAUUCUCCAUCGCUUUUCUUUUUCUAUACACGUAUGAUGAGCUCUCUGUUUUUACUUUUUAUACAUAUUUACAUAUUUAUAUCCAUGUCUAAAUAAUAAUAAUAUAUACGAGAUACGGUAGAGUCCGAUGUUUGUAUUCGAUCGCAUGUCGAGAACAAAGUUGAAACAACACUUUGAAGAUCUCGAAAUGUUUCAGAACGCUGGUACAGAACGCCGAGAAGUUAUUGCUGUGGUUUAAGAUUUUUACUGUUUCUUGAUGUGCAUUACAUAAGACUUCUUUAAGUCACUGUUUUUAAGAUAUUCAUGGAAAUAUUUUAGUAAUUUGUUAUGUCAAAAUCAAACUGAAGAUAUUUUGUAUUCGUCUUACAUUCCCUCUUUAUUCAAAUUAAAUAAGUGUGAAUACAAUUAAGCACAAACAAAUUGCACAAAUUUUCGAAAUAAUAUAAUUAAAAAAGCACUUAGAUACCACUUAAACUGGUUUAUUCUGAUUAUCAUGUUUUCCUUUUUGACAAAAUCGCAAAAAAUAGUUAGUUUGCAUGUUUUUUAUUUAUUCUGUAUAUACAGGGUGUCCGACAAUUACUUUAACAACUCUCAUAGGCAGGUAGAAGGAG